AUGUUUACCAAAGUAUCACCAGCAAGUACUAUAACUACAACUACUACAUUUACAAUGCAUAACUCCAAUAAUACUUGGAAACAAGAAUACGAUCCUAUAUUACAACAAUACUAUUAUGUCAAUUUACUGGAUAAUUCCAUUUCAUUUGAUUCUCCUUGUGAAGUAAUUAACCAUAAGAAAAGUACUACUUCUAUUGCUGGUACUAGCAAAUCAUUCUUUAUGCCAUUUAAAAGAUCAUCAAGUUAUACAAAUGAAAAAGAUUCCAAAAAACAAUGUAAAUUCACUACAACAAAAUCUGCCACCGCCACCACUACAAUAGCCAAUAAAAAGGGUUCGAAUUAUUCACUUUAUCGGUGCCUUAGCUCUGCAUUGUCAUUAAAGAAAACUAAAUCAAAUGAAUCCACUAAUUCUAGUAAUAGUAGAAGAGCUUCAAAUUGGAAGUCAAUUAGUAGUGAUACAUUAAAUUCUCCAAAUGAUUCUACAAUAAUAACACCAACACCAAGUAAUAGUGGUAUGACUAUUGAUGUAUCAGAAAUAAUUGAUCAAAAUACCCUUCUAGAUGUUGAUGCUCAUAUAGAUGAUGAUUAUUUAUUGAAUAAUAAUAAAUUGAAUAAUUUUAAGAAUUUUGCUGGAACUAAUCAUAUGAGGAAUUCGAGUGGUUCAUAUGCUAGUGAUGAAUCUGAAGAUGAAUAUGAAGAAGAAAUACAAAUGUUUGAUUCUAAUUAUAUUUACAAUCCACAAGAUACUUAUUAUAAUCCUAGAAAUGGUGGGUUUUACACUUCUGAUUUUGAAGAUGAAGAAGACGAAGAACAAGAAGACGAUAUUGAAAGAGAACAUGAAAGAAGAGAAUUAAGAUUACAAAUGUUGAAAGAAUUGUAUUGA